CUUUCAAUGAGAAUUAAAAAAAUAAAACCAAAGCAACAGGGGUAUAGUAGUAACUCAAGCAAAACGCAAUUUAUUUAUUUUUUGUUGUUUCACAUUUUUCUUUGGCAGCAGUACAAAUUUUAGACUUUAAAAUCAAAUUUAAUCCAUUUAUAAAUUGUCCGUUUAAGAAACAUCUUGAUCAUCGAGGAGCACAGCAUAAGUCACCAUGUCCUCUCGCUUUGGAGAGCGGGACAGCGGCGUCGGGCCCAGCGGCAGCGAAGACCGGAUGACCAUGGAUCCUACAGAGGAAAAUUUUGCCCUUGAACUGAAGCCAGCUCCAAAGCAGACCUGCAUACCGAUGCACCAGCGCCUGACCAGCUCGGAAACCAACGUGUUCCAUCGGGAUGUGGAGUACGAGGUGCCGGACAAGUCCUGGUCCGUCCUGUACAUUGGAACCGCCAAGGAGAAGGACCUGAAGUAGCGGCAUCCCAGAUGCACAGCUCGCAUCCCCCGCAGCUUCUCCGUAACACAUCCUGCAUUUCAAUUGAAAUCGAUUUCCUGCAAACACAAUGGCAAGCUCACCGAUUGAGUCCUUGGCCAACACAUCACUCAGUCAUCCAUCAGACGUCGCGAAAUGUUAUAUAAAAUUUAAAUUCGCCCUCGUGCCACUGCAUA